UGAUAACCUGUUAAGUCUUUAUAUAAACAUCUCAUUUCCCUUUUCCUUUCUUCACAUAUUAUUGUACUAUUCACCAUGGAAAAUUCCCAACAACCUCUUGCCACAGAGAGUUUUUCAUAUAGCUGGUUGUUGAACAGAAAACCUUCCAUUGAUGGCCUAACAGAAUCCCCUAGACCUUGUUAUAGUAGUGAUGAUGAUCAUGAUAAUGAUGAUGAAGAAGAUAUGAAGUUUAUCGCUUACUCGAAAAGAUUCCUAGAAGAAGCUCAAAACUUCAAUUUUGAUGUUCAUCCUGUUUCUGAAUCUGUCCAUGCUGAUGAAAUCUUCUCUGAUGGACACAUCAUGCCUCGAUAUCUUGAUAAAUCAAAGAUUGAAUCUUUUCGCGAAGACUUCAAUAAUUUCAACAUAAAUUCAUCAGUACCCUCAAGUAGUACUCAUCCCACACCACGAGUUUCAGAUUCUACAACUAGUGAUCAAGCUGAUUUUCUUGAGAAAUGGAGGAAAUUUUCGCGCAGAGUCUUGGUUAAAUGGUUAGGAUUCAUCAGGCCAAUUUCCAAAAGGAUAUCAAGUUCAAGAAAAAGUACAGCAAAAGUUGAUGACCUUCAAAGAAAAGUAAGUGAAAUUCAAAGCUGCAAAACUACUGAUUCUUCAUUUCAGGGAUCUCCUCCUCAUCGAAUAAUGAAAUCUCAUUCUGUUGUCGAUUGGGCUGGAAAUCGUAAUGAUCAGAGAAGUAGAGUUAAGACUUUGAGAAAGGUGAAAAGCUGGAGUAGUAUUAAGUCACCACAGGCAUAUAAUUCCCCUAUAAAAAGUCCAGCCUAUGAUCAUUCUAAUGAUGUUUGGCGCGAUAUGGAGGGCGCGGUUUCUGAUGCAAUUCUUCACUGUAAAAGAUCAUUUGGUAUGUUAACAGAGCCUGAUAUCAAUCUUGAUGAUCAUUUUGUCAAGAAGAUGCAACACUAGCUGUUUAAUUUCAUCCUGUCUCAGAUGUAUAUUUAAAUUUUUGUCUCUUCAUACAAAUAAUCUAUCAUAUAUCACUCAGAUUCACUAUUUUGUACAUUCUGAGGUGAAAAAAAAAAACAAGUUAUAGUUAUUAGGACUUAUUUAACUUGCUAGUAUCUUCUUAUUUUGAAUUAUCUGAUCCAAUUUUAUAUAUGCUUGAUAAUAGAUCAAAAGUUG